AAACAUUCGUUUUAAUUUAGUUACAAACAGUACCAACCGUGACUACAAAAAUAACCGAAAUUUAUGAUUACGUAAAAUAAAAAUAUUAAUUUAAUCUUUUUUAUUAACAACAAAAAUCGUUAGAUGUUUUAAUUUUGAUUUUAAAUUAUACCAAUAACCAAUUUAAAAAUUGUGUUGAGUUGAUUAUUGAUUUAUUUGUUCUUGUCAAUUUAUUAAUUGGCACCAUUGGCAGAAUUAGAAAUUGCAGCUUCGAAAAUUGUGCUAUUUUUUAAGCUAAUUAGCUAAUAAUGUCUGCAAAAACUGUGAAUAAACGGUUUAAAUGGAGCUUAGAAUCCACAAGAUCAAAUAAAUCGUUAAUAACAACUGAUUUAUCAACGUUAGCAUCACCCCCAGCUUAUAGCACAUCGGGGGCUCUAAGUCAUAGUGAAGUAACGAAGAAAACUGAUACAAGUCAUUUAAUUGUAAAGAAAUCUUGGGAGUUGGCUUUAGCUCCGUUGAAGCAAGUCCCUAUGAAUUUAUUUAUUAUGUACAUGGCGGGAAAUUCGAUUUCGAUAUUUCCAAUAAUGAUGGUUGGAAUGUUGUUUUUGCGCCCAAUCCAAGCUUUAUUUUCAGUAAACAGCACCUUUAAGAUGGUUGAAAAUUCCAAUGCUAUCGGUCAGAAAUGUGUGUAUCUUUUAGGGAAUUUAAUAAAUAUUGGUUUGGCUUUGUAUAAAUGUCAAAGUAUGGGGUUGUUACCUACACAUUCGAGUGAUUGGUUGGCUUUUAUAGAGCCGCAGACAAGACAGGAAUAUUUAGGAGGUGGAAUGUUGUUAAUGUAAUUAAUUUAUUUAGGAAAUUAGGGGAAAAUAGAAUGUAAUAAAAAUUUAAAACUAAAUAAAACCUUUAUUUAC